GACGCAACAGAAGAAACGCUUCGUUUGUUUUGUUUCUGUUGUGACGUGAAUUCUGGAAUUUUACAAAGAAUAAAGUUAAUUAUGACGUCAGAAGCUGAAGAUGGACCGUUUUUUCUUGAAAAAGUUUCCGUUCUUGGGGAUUCUGAUGAUGAAUAUCAAUAUGAAGAGGUCCCUGUGGACGACCUGAGCGUUGGCUCUACUGAUCAUCUUGAUGGCUUUGAUAAAACGAUUCUUUCAAUCGAGGAAUCAAAACAAGAUGAAAAAGCUGCCAUCCGCGUAGAGGGCCCUCCAGUGGCCUCGUUGAUCCACCGCCCCGAAGUGAUCGAUGAUUUCGUCCGAAACUUUUUGCUUCGAAUGGGAAUGAAGAGAACGCUUCAAAGUUUCCAAACAGAAUGGUACGAGAUGCAACAGAAGGGGUUGCUCGGCAACGAGGAUAUUGGGGUCGUGCCGGAUGCUUAUUGCAGGAACCAGACACUAGGGGACGAGGUGAAAAGAUUGAAAUCAGAGUUACAGAAAUACAUGACGGCUGCAAGCAAAGCCAAGGACACUCACGUCAAGUUGCAGAAAGAACGAGAUUUCCACCGAAUCAACCACAAGAGGGCAGUGCAGGAAAAGAAUCGACUAAUUACCGAUAUAAAGAGGUUAAAGAAACAUUACAAUUCAUACGAACCAACGUUGAGGGAACUUAAACAUAAAUACGAGCUCGCUAUGAAAGAGAAGAUGUUGACCAAGCUGGAGAGGGAUCGCGCUGUGGGGCAGGUGACUGGGUUACAAGCUACUUUGCGGAAUUUAGAAACGGGUAAGGAGGUUAUGCUGCCCCCGGUGUCGGGGUAUCGCGCGCAACGAUCGGCGAACCGUGGUGGUCCGACACAAUCAGCAUUGCGCGAAGCUCGGGGGAGUGUAGAGAACAAACGGGAACAGCCGAAAACAUCGAACACUCAAGAUAGUGAGUUCCCCACAGACUCGAGGGUCAACCCAUAUUUAACCCACGCCAAGGGACCCCCAACCCACUUAACAAGGACGGGGGGUUUCAGGCAAACGGGGUCAAUCAGGGGUCAUGACCUUGCAAUUAGCAGUGUCUCGUUACACCCUCGUAAACAGAUCGCGGUAACAACAUCUGACGACCACCAGUGGAAGAUGUGGGCGGUACCUAGUGGUGAUAUUAUUAUGACGGGGGAGGGACACACAGACUGGAUAUCCGACUCGGAUUUCCACCCAAGUGGAGCGCAGCUAGCGACCUCUAGUGGUGACGCUUGCGUCAAAGUUUGGGAUUUCUCGAAAGCUUCGUGCGUGCUCACCUUGCCCGACCACACCCAUGCAGUGUGGGGGGUGUCGUGGCACUCGUGUGGCGACUUCCUGGCUUCUUGUUCCAUGGAUAAUACAUCAAAGAUAUGGGAUGUGCACAGUGAAAGGUGUCGUUCCACGCUUCGCGGACACGCAGAUUCUGUCAACAGUAUUCAGUUUCUACAUUUCGCGAACACCCUACUAACAGCAUCGGCCGAUAAAACUUUGUCAUUAUGGGAUGCUCGUACCGGACUUUGUGCACAAACAUUCUACGGCCAUCUUCACUCCGUCAACAAUGCCGUAUUUAACCUUAAGGGUGAUACCAUCGGAUCGUGCGACAGUUACGGGACGGUCAAGUUUUGGGACGUGCGCCAUGUUGCCCCGAUGAUCACCGUGGAUGUGGGACCUCACCCCGCUAAUAGGGUCGCGUUUGACCCAUCAGGCCACCUCCUGGCCGUUGCUAGUAACGACGGAACGAUAAAGAUGGUUGAAGUUGGUACGAGUGAUGUCACAAUGCUAGCGGGUCACGACGACGCUGUGCAAGCCGUGACCUUUGACAUCGGGGGUCAAUUUAUGUUAAGCGGGGGGUCAGAUGGGAGUAUGCGAGUUUGGUCGUAAUUGUCGUUAUUUUAGUAAAAAUAUGAUAUCUAUUGUUUGUAAUAAAAGGUUUAAGCUGA